GAUCGCAUUGAAGAGGAUAAAGUACGAUGUGUUCUCUGCCAUCUUCAGGCCCACAAGACGGCCAGACACAGGGUCGAGGAGUGCUUCGGCAAGCAUUCCUUCUUCAGGGACGCGAUCAAGCAGGUCUUCUCGGAGAGCCAGGAGCAGUGCGACGCGGCCAAGGUUGCCCUCGGCGAAGUACAGGUGCACAUACAGAACAUGGUGAAGAGUAAGAUGUUCGUAG